UCUCUCUCUCACUCUCGCGGGCUCUCCAAACUCAACCGAAACUCCUCACAAAUCCCAAAUUCCAAAUCCCAAACUCCCAAAAGGCUUCUCUGAUGCCGAGUUAUUUUCACACAGCACAACAUUUUCUGUUUGUUUCCCGAGAAAGUCACACAGAAUAGGAAGUCCGAGAAAAUAUCAAGACGCACAGAAGAACCAAGAGAAUAUCUGCAUGUCAUGGGACUCCUCUGCUUUCGUUUUUAGAAACCCAAUCAUAUUUUCUCUUUGAAAGUUGUAAAUUAAAACAAAUCGAAUACAUUUUACGAGAAAAUGGCCGGAAACGAGUGGAUUAAUGGGUACUUGGAGGCGAUACUGGACAGCGGCGCCUCCGCCAUUGAGGAGCAGAAGCCGGUGCCGGAGAAUCUGAGAGAUAGAGGACAUUUCAAUCCGACCAAGUACUUCGUGGAGGAGGUGGUGACGGGGGUCGAUGAGUCGGACCUUUACCGGACGUGGAUCAAGGUUGUUGCGACCCGCAACACGCGGGAACGGGGCUCCAGGCUCGAGAAUAUGUGCUGGCGCAUUUGGCACCUUACCCGUAAGAAGAAACAGUUGGAGGUGGAGGAACAUCAGCGGUUGGCAAACCGCAGAUGGGAGCGGGAACAAGGACGUAGGGAUGCAACUGAAGACAUGUCGGAGGACUUGUCCGAAGGAGAGAAAGGGGAUGGUUUGGGGGAGAUGCAACUAGGUGAUACGCCAAGGAAAAGGUUCCAGCGUAAUAUUUCGAACUUGGAAGUAUGGUCAGACGAUAAGAAGGAAAAGAAGCUUUACAUUGUUCUUAUCAGUUUGCAUGGUUUGGUCCGGGGAGAAAACAUGGAGCUCGGUCGAGACUCUGAUACAGGUGGACAGGUCAAAUAUGUGGUAGAGCUUUCCCGAGCACUUGCGAGGAUGCCUGGGGUUUAUAGGGUAGAUCUCUUUACGCGCCAAGUGUCAUGUCCUGAUGUUGAUUGGAGCUAUGGUGAGCCAACAGAGAUGCUAACUGCAGGUCCUGAAGAUGGUGAUGGUGAUCUGGGAGAAAGCAGUGGAGCGUAUAUUAUCAGAAUUCCUUUCGGUCCUCGUGAUCAAUACCUCAGCAAAGAAGUACUCUGGCCAUAUAUUCAAGAAUUUGUAGAUGGUGCUCUAGCUCACAUUCUUAACAUGUCCAAAGUUUUGGGAGAACAGAUUGGUAAAGGACAGCCUGUCUGGCCGUAUGUAAUUCAUGGCCACUACGCAGAUGCAGGGGAUAGUGCUGCUCUUCUUUCUGGUGCUUUGAAUGUCCCAAUGGUUUUAACUGGGCACUCACUUGGAAGAAACAAGCUUGAACAGCUUCUUAAGCAGGGACGCCAAUCAAAGGAGGACAUCAAUUCUACAUAUAAAAUUAUGAGGAGGAUUGAAGCAGAAGAACUUUCCCUUGAUGCUGCAGAACUAGUUAUUACGAGUACAAAACAAGAGAGCGAAGAGCAAUGGGGGCUUUACGAUGGGUUUGAUGUCAAGCUUGAGAAAGUUUUGCGUGCUCGUGCUAGGCGAGGAGUAAAUUGCCAUGGCCGUUACAUGCCAAGGAUGGUGGUUAUACCUCCUGGCAUGGACUUCAGUAAUGUUGUGGUUCAAGAAGAUACACCUGAGGUUGAUGGCGAACUUAACCAACUUGGUGGUACUGAUGGGUCUUCCCCGAAAGCAAUUCCAACGAUAUGGUCAGAAGUGAUGCGGUUCCUUGCAAAUCCUCACAAGCCAAUGAUCUUGGCUUUGUCAAGACCAGAUCCGAAGAAGAACUUAACCACUCUUUUAAAAGCCUUUGGGGAAUGCGGUCCUCUUAGAGAGCUCGCUAAUCUUACACUGAUAAUGGGGAAUAGGGACUGCAUAGAUGAGAUGUCUACCGGAAAUGCUAGUGUUCUUACGACAGUUUUGAAACUAAUUGAUAAGUAUGACCUCUAUGGGCAAGUGGCAUAUCCAAAGCAUCACAGGCAAUCAGAUGUUCCAGAUAUAUACCGUCUCACGGCAAAAACAAAGGGAGUUUUCAUCAAUCCAGCAUUAGUGGAGCCUUUUGGGCUAACCUUGAUUGAGGCAGCAGCACAUGGGCUUCCAAUGGUAGCUACAAAAAACGGUGGACCGGUUGAUAUACAUCGGGCGCUGAAUAAUGGUUUGCUUGUGGACCCUCAUGAUCAGCAGUCGAUUGCUGGUGCACUUCUUAAGUUGUUAUCGGAGAAGAAUUUAUGGAGUGAAUGUAGAAAGAAUGGCUGGAAGAAUAUACACCUCUACUCAUGGCCUGAACAUUGCCGGACUUACUUGACUAGGGUUGCAGGCUGCCGCAUGAGACAUCCACAAUGGCAAACUGACACCCCAGAGGAUGAUAUGGCUGCUGAUGAGUCUCUCAAUGAUUCUCUUAAGGAUGUGCAAGAUAUGUCUCUUAGGCUCUCAGUUGAUGGGGAUAAAGCUUCAUUGAACGGAUCUUUUGAUGUGACUGCUGCCGCUGGUGACCACGAUGUGCAAGAUCAAGUGAAACGUGUCCUAAGCAAGAUCAAGAAACCAGAUUCCGGUCCAAAAGAUCAAGAUGGCGGAAAUAAGCCGCUGGAUAAUGUGUCAAGUAAAUAUCCCAUGUUAAGGAGGAGACGGAAAUUGAUUGUUAUAGCGCUUGAUUGCUACGAAAGCUCUGGAGAUCCUAAAAAGAAGAUGAUUCAGGUAGUUCAAGAAAUAUUUAAGGCUGUCAGAUUAGACUCUCAAAGUGCUAGGGUCACAGGGUUUGCUCUAUUAACGGCUAUGCCAAUGUUAGAAACUGUAGAGUUUUUGGCAUCAGGGAAGAUACAGGCAAACGAAUUUGACGCGUUGGUUUGUAGCAGUGGAAGUGAAGUUUACUACCCUGGUACUUAUACAGAAGGCGGCGGAAGACUUUCCCCAGAUCCAGAUUAUGCAUCACAUAUUGACUACCGUUGGGGUUGUGAGGGUCUAAAGAAAACAAUUUUGAAGCUGUUGAAUGCCCCUGAAGGCGAAGGAAAUUCUGCUUCUUCCAGCCACAUUCAAGAAGACUUAAAAUCAAGCAACGCACAUUGCAUCUCAUUCUUCAUAAAGGAUCCUAGUAAGGCAAGGAAAGUUGAUGAUUUGAGGCAGAAACUCAGGAUGCGGGGACUGCGCUGCCAUCCAAUGUACUCCAGGAGCUCAACGAGAAUGCAAAUUGUUCCUCUCCUUGCUUCUCGAGCGCAGGCACUCAGGUACCUUUUUGUUCGUUGGAGAUUGAAUGUCGCCAACAUGUACGUGUUCCUUGGAGAAAGUGGAGACACCGAUUAUGAAGAAAUGAUAUCUGGAACUCAUAAGACAAUAAUCAUGAAAGGGGUGGUGGCAAAGGGUUCGGAAGAGCUGCUAAGAACAUCAGGAAGCUAUCUCAGAGAAGACAUUGUUCCUCACGAGAGCCCUUUGGUCGCCUACGUAAGCGAGGAAGCAAAAGCUGAUGAGAUUGCUAAUGCUCUGAAGCAAGUCUCUAAGUCUGCUGCUGGAAUGUGAACGUGAGUUGUGGUGUUUAAGUAUUGAUUCUACACAGGGAUAAGUCGUAUGGUAUUCCUUGUGUUCGUUUGUGAGUGUUUACGGAUUAUGUACUCUUCUGUUCCUCGCGCAUUUUUCCGAGUGAACUACUAUUUUCACGGAAGGCUAUCGUUGUUCGUAUGAUUAUUAUGAUAUUAUCUAGUAUUCGUUCAUUGCGAU